GCCCCAGAGCCGUCGCCACCUGCUGAGUCGUCAGCGAAUGCUGCGCCGAUGCAGGGCAUCGUGCUGAAGGCGCCCGAGCCCACGCAGCCAGUCGCGAACGGCACUGUUCUGGGGCCCGCUGCUGUGGAGAAGGAGACGCCAAAACCUGCUGAGUCCCCGACGGCGCCUAGCCCAGCUGCCGAGAUCGCAGAGGAGGGCCCCUUUCAGCAGUGCCUUUUCAAAGUUGUAGGCAUGGCGACCUACCGACACUCGCAAGCCGUCCGCGAAAACUCCGCUGUGCCGGAAGAGGAUGCAGUGAAUGCAGUGUGCCGGCUUCUCACGGUGCGUGGACGCACCGGGGCAGUUCUGGCCAUCCAAGGUAUCAAGUCCGAGGCUGGCUACCACAUUGCUGAGGUCUUGCAGGCGCGAAUGACUGAAGAACAGCGCUCUCAAACAAUCCAUGUGGCCUCAGAUUCUCCUGGCCUAGCACUUUUUCGUACCUUGCAGAAGGGUCUUCCGCGCUUGCAAAGCUUGUCUUUGGACGCCACGCACAUCUGCAUAUGUACCAGCAGUGCCACAGCAACCAGAACACGAAUGGGUGCAAAUGGCUGCGGGUCAUUAUGGCUAAGUUUGCGGCCUUUGACUCUGAGUCUUCCUUGGCAACGCGGGUCCCGGCCUACACUGGCAGCCCCUGCAAAUUCACUUAGGAAUACGCGAGUCAAGCAGAUGAUGGUUGAACAGAAAAUGACUCGAGAGGAAGGCUCUGGGAUUUUGACUCGGAUGAGCCCAACGACUCCUUGGUACACUGUCGUUGAAUUUCUCGAGGCCGUGGCAGCAGUUUCGGCAGUCUACUCAGGGGGAAUGAACCGCGCAAACGGCCAAGGCACAGCUUUGGGCAAGCUGCUCCAGACUCUCUGCCAGCCGAAUGUUAUUCGCGUUCAAAAAUCAGUUGGGCAAACAAGCCAGAGGGCUAAGAAUCGCCCAUCUGCAAAGCACCCAGGCCCACCAGUUCCUAAGAAGGAAAAGUUACCUCGCACGCCCUUCACACUCGGCGUUCUUGUCGCUUCACUCGGCGUUCUUGUCGCUUGA